AUGGCGCACUGGCGCGCCUCGGCCGCUCAUGCGCUGCUCGAGCGCUUCCUCGCGCGCCUCGCCGAGGCAGCCGUGGGGCACGCCACGCAGCUUGAUGCCGGUGCGGGCGGCAGUGGCGCGACCAGCAACGCAGGCAGCAGCGCAGAGACCUUCGACGGCAUCGCAUGGGUGCUCGGCCUGCUCGCCGAGCUGGCACGCUGGACCGACGAGAUUGCGCCGCUGCAGAGCCCGCAGCGCUUCGGCAACCUGGCUUUCCGCACCUGGGGCGCCCGCUGCGAAGAGCGUCUCGAGGCGCUGCAUGCCCCGCUGCCAGCGGCGCUUCAGCCGUACAUCCCCGAGCUGGCGAGCUACCUGCGCGGCGCAUUUGGCUCGUGGGUGCGCCUCGACUAUGGCUCGGGCCACGAGCUGGCGCUGCUCGCCUGGCUCUGCACGCUGGCUCGCCUCGGCGCCUUUGGCCGCGGCGCGCUGGCCGAGCCGCCAAUCGACGAGAGCGCCACGGCCGAGCCGCAGGCGUGGGAGCGUGCGUUGGCUACGCAAGUGGUGCCGGCAUACCUGGCACUGGUGUGGGGCCUGCAAGACCGCUAUGGCCUCGAGCCCGCCGGCAGCCACGGCGUCUGGGGUCUGGACGACUAUCACUUCAUCCCAUACGUCAUCGGCGCCGCACAACUUCGCAACCAGAACAGCUACCUUCCGUCAUUCAUCGCGGCCGUCUCGGCUUCGUCCGACCGCUCGCCGCGCGCUUUGCUGCAAGAGCGCGCCUCUGCGCCCUUUGCCAACCUCCUCACCAGCUCCGUGCUGCGUAUCCACGCUCUGAAGCGUGGCCCUUUCCACGAGCACUCGCCCAUCCUCUCCGACGUCUCGCGCACCGUGCCCAACUUUGCCAAGGUGGCCGCCGGCAUGCUGAAGAUGUGGCGCGCCGAAUGCACGGGCAAGCGGCCCGUCGUGCAGCACUUCGUCUUUGGCGGCGUG